AUGAUCUCUGGAGGUCCCACCGACGGAGAUUCAAGCCGGACGCGCAAGUCCCAUGAGCUUUGGUUGGAGAUUCAUGCUGUAGGGUGCAGCCAGGAGCAGGCCGUUGGCCCGAUCAUCAGCUUCGGACCACAAGACCUAGAAGGACUAGAUCUGCCUCAUGAUGAUGCUCUCAUCAUCAAAGCUAUUAUAGCCACCAACCGCGUGGCCAGAGUCUUCGUAGAUACUGGCAGCUCUGUCAAUGUCCUGUUCAGGUUGGCUUUUGAAGAAAUGCAAAUUGACGCUAGUGAGCUUCAACUGGUGGCUACUUCUCUAUAUGGCUUUACUAGUAAUGAAGUAAGGCCCAUGGGUCAGAUCAAGCUGGUCAUAUCCUUGGGAAGUGAGUCGUUAGUCAGAACCAGGAGGAGCACCUUCCUUGUAGUUUACUCGCCCUCCUCUUACAACGUCAUUUUGGGCCGACCGGCCUUGCAUGAAUUCCGGGCGGCUGUUUCUACAUUUCACCAAAAAAUCAAAUUCCUGGUCGGAGAGCAAGUCGAGAAAGUUAGGGGAGAACAGCGGGUUUCUAAACGAUGUUACAUUGGCAUGGUCAAGGAGGAGGCCAUUCCGAUAGCUGAGGAACCUAUCCCUUGUGAAGAGGUCCAGCUAUAUUCUGAGUGCUCGGAGACUCUUACUCGCAUAGCUGGGGAUCUGUCGCCUGAGCUAAAAGAAGAGCUGAUUCAGUGUUUGAUCCGCAACAGAGAUGUCUUCGCUUGGUCCACCGAAGAAUUACCUGGAGUCAAGCUUGAAGUGGUAGAGCACAAGUUGCAUCUCCUACCAGACGCCCGACCUCUAGCCCUAAAGAUUGCUAUCCCCUGCUCAGAAUUGAUCAGCUGGUGGACUCAACUGCCGGUUGCGAAAGAAUUUGCAUGUUGGACGCUUAUUAGGGGUACCAUCAAAUCCCCUUGGCCGUGGAAGAUCAAGAGAAGGAAUGCUGGGGCCAUAUAUCAACGGAUGAUGGAAAAAAUUUUCCGGAAGCAGGCGGGGCGAAAUGUAGAAGUCUAUGUGGACGACAUACUCAUCAAAUCUCCCCUGGCUGCGAAUCUCAUUGAUGAUGUGGAUGAGACCUGCGGCACUCUGCGACAAUACAGAUUAAAAUUAAAUCCCCUGAAGCGUUUGUUCGGGGUCAAAGGAGGAAAAUUCUUGGGGUACCUGGUGAAGGAGCGAGGAAUCGAGGCCAACCCUGAGAAGGCCCGAGCACUCCAGGACAUGAAAGCUCUCCAGAAUUUGAAGGAGGCUCAGAAGUUGGUCGGCAAGAUAACAACCCUGUCCCGAUUUAUUUCCCGAUCGGUAGACAAAGUGGCGCCCUUCUUCAAAGUUCUCCGGAAAGCUUCUAAGUUCCAGUGGGACGAGGAAUGCACGUGGGCUUUCGAAGAGUUAAAGAAAUAUUUGGAGACCCUGCCCUCUCUAUUCAAGUCGAUCACCGGAGAACCACUCUGGGUUUACCUAUCUGCUACCCCUGAGGCCGUGGGGGUGGUAUUAGUGAAAGAGCAAGACAAUGUACAGCGACCAGUGUAUUUUUCCAUUCAUCUAUUAAAGGGAGCUGAGUCUCAAUAUACAGCUCUGGAAAAUUUAUUCUAUGGAUUGGUGCUCAUGGCUCGGCGUUUAAGACCCUAUUUCUUAGCUCAUCCUAUCACGGUCCUAACCAAUAGUACUAUGGGUAAAGCUCUUACCAACGUUGAAGUUGCUGGCCGGCUCAUCAAAUGGACCACUGAAUUGAGAGAAUACAAUAUCACCUAUCAACCUCACACGACUAUCAAAGCAGAAGCCCUGGCGGAUUUCUUGACCAAGGUACAUCAAACUGAUUCAGAAGAAACUUGGAAAGUAUAUGUGGAUGGAUCAGCCACACGCCAGGGGAGUGGCGUAGAGUAUGAUGCCUUAUUAGCAGGGUUGCAAGCAGCUUGCCAUGUGGGAGCUGCUCGAGUUAUCAUUUAUUCAGACUCCCAAUUAGUAACUCAGCAAGUAACUGGCAACUUUGAGAUCAACUGCGACAAGCUGCAAGUAUAUCGAGAGGCUUAUGAGAAGAUGAAAGAAGAAUUCAAGGAGGUCACGGUCAGCAAGAUUCCUAGAGCGGAGAAUGGCAGAGCUGAUGAGUUAGCCAAAAUGGCCAGCUCUCUGACUACAUGGGUACUGGAUAGGUCGAUAGCACAAGCCUUUCUCAUAACCCAGAUCGACUUGCAGAAUAACCAGGACGAGAUUAUUGAUUGGCGGGCACCGAUGAUUAGCUAUCUUCAACAGGGCAUCCUGCCAACAGACUUGGAACAAGCGCGACUGGUCAGGAAAAAGGCCCAUGCUUACACAAUGAUAGGGGAUCAAUUAUAUAAGUGGGCGUUUUCCAGACCUUUACUCAAGCGAUUCUUGUUGGUGGCUGUGGACUACUUUUUCAAGUGGGUGGAAGCUGAAGCUCUGGCCAGGAUCACCGAGAGCGCGGUUAUUCAAUUUUUAUGGAGGAAUAUUUUGUGCAGAUUCGGCAUACCCCAUAAGCUGGUAUCAGAUAAUGGAAGGCAGUUUCAAGGUCGGAAGAUCCAUGCCUGGUGUCGAGGGUUCGGCAUUACUCAGUUGUUCACCUCAUUAGCGUACCCACAAAGCAAUAGGCAGACUGAGAUUAUUAAACGCGAAAUUGUACGAGGAUUAAAGAUCAAGCUAGACCAUGUGGGAGGAGACUGGGUAGAAGAGCUGCAAAGUGUUCUUUGGACGUACUGUACAACACCUAGAGAAAGCACAGGUCUUACUCUAUUCCACUUGGUCUACGGCAAUGAAGCAGUGGUGCCCAUGGAGGUCGGGGUACCUUCAACUAGAAGAAUGCUAUAUAAUGAGGAGAACUCUAAGCGACGGCUGGCAGAGCUAGAUAUCAUUAGCGAGACUCGCGAACGAACAGCAGCUCGGUUAAUGGCCUAUCGACAGAGGAUGAGGCAAAAUUAUGAUAGGAAGGUGACCCCUCGCUUCUUUGGAGAAGGAGACCUGGUCUGGAAACGAAUAAAACCCGUGGGAGACGUAGCCAAGUUAGCACCUCAAUGGGAUGGACCUUACAAGGUUAUCAAAAAAUUGGCAUUUGGUACGUACUACCUGCAGGACGGUCAGGGCAGGAAUCUAGACUUUAUCUUCAACCUUAUCGCACCUAAGUGCAGCUCGAGGUGA